UGCAUCGGAAAAACGGAAGUGUGCUGUUUUGCUGAUUGUGUUUGUAUUUGUGCCCAAGCAUUUUCUGAAUGCCGAACUGCCAUCGACAUUAAUUCAUGCUGGAGGUUCGACGUUGCCCCUUGAUGUUUAUAAGGUUUGGAAACCUGUUUAUCAAGCCUACCGUUCAAAGUUUGUGCGAGUAGAGUUUAGCUAUCAGGGCGUCGGCAGCGGAGAAGGGAUCGCCAAACUGAAAACCGGUGAAUUCGACGUGGCAGGAUCGGAUGCGGAGCUGAAUAAUGCAACCUAUGAUGCAUUUCCUGACUUCCAAAUGUUUCCUACAAUGGCCGCAUCGGUCUCGCUGGCGUACAAUCUACCUGAGCUUUCUCCUAACUGCAGCAACGCUUCUCAAGAAUUAUCUGGAUGCUUAAACCUUUCCCAAGAGGCACUCGUGGGUAUAUUCAACGGGACGAUAAUCUAUUGGAACGAUCCUUUGAUUGUGAUGUACAAUGAAGCGUUGCGUGAUGUUAACCGCACAAUCACCGUGGUCGUACGUGCCGAUGGCUCAGGAACAACGCAGAUAUUCUCAGGAGCGCUGGGACGCUUCAGCCCUAUGUGGAAAACCACUUAUUCAAGGUUUAGCGAUGGGUGUAAAAACGGACAACCGGUAAAAUGGAACGCCAGUUUAACAAUCCGAUGCGGCAACGCCGGCCGAGGCGUAGCCGCUAUUAUCAUGGAGAACAAGUACUCUAUCGGGUAUUUGGGAACAUCUGAUGCAAGAGAUUCUAACCUAAUGGAAGCCCGCCUACAAAAUAAAGACGGCUACCUGAUUUAUCCGAACCUGAGAAACGUUCAAUCCGCUCUGGAUGCGUCACCCAGUUUUAGUGCGCGAUUAACAUCUGAUCUGAACAAUCUUCCAGGGGACUUGACCUAUCCCAUUGCCGGCUUCACAUACUUUGUCAUCCGUAAAACAACCAUGCGUAACUGCACCGUCGCCAUGGAACUGUACCGUAUGCUGGAUUAUUUACUGAGUGACCCUUUAGCGCAAACUGUGGCCCGUGAUCUCUUGAAAGUGCCGCUCAACGACAACGCCUUUAACCAGGUCAAGCAGCAAGCGCUCAACCAGAUGAUUUGUCAGGGUCAGAGCGUUAAAGAGAUGACGGAGUACGCUAUAUCCGUAGAAAACGGUUCCCGUGACGCGUGGAAAUUGCCCACCGCUAUUGUCAUCGUUCUUGUUAUGGUGGUUGUCUUAAUCGUCCUGUCAAUGUUGGGUUAUUCCAAGUAUCAAAAACAUAAGAGCGCCCUAACGAAUUCAUUCAUCUUGUCCAAUAAUCAGAUCGAGGCACAAAUGAAGCCGGUAGGUUCUGUCACCAGCACCAAGACCAAACAGUCUGGCCCCAGUUCGACGAUGAUCGAUUGGAUGGCCACCGGAUUUGAAGGAGAAAUUAUUCAGCAGAUUAUCGGAGAUAAUCUCCUUUUGACGCCAUUAUGCGCGCAUUUGAAUCCUGAGGAACUGACCUGGCAGGCCAAAAUUGCGUUGGUCCGCUUUCGCGACGAGAUCGCACAGGGGAAUCUCGUGAAAUUUAUUGGAAUUUGUGAAAGAAAGGAACGGUGGAACGUGGUCAGUAUAUGUCCUACAAAAGGUAGACUCACCGACAUUCUGCGCACAACAAAGUUCAACCUGGACAACAUCUUUCGCAACUCGAUCAUUAACGACAUCGCGAAAGGCAUGGCUCACCUGCAUCAGAAAAACAUUAUCCACGGUCAGCUAACAACAAGCUGCUGCUAUAUUGAUGCCCGGUGGAACGUCGUCAUUGGCGACUGGGAACAACUAUCUCUGCAUAAAGCCCAAAAAAUUGAAUUCUACGCAUUUGAGCGGGUGCACAGCGCGCUUCAAGACGAGCAGAAUCAAGAGAUCAGCCAGUAUGACUACUACAAACUGCUCUUCUGGACCGCUCCGGAAGCCCUGGUGUGGAUUGCCGGAGUUUACGCCGCCGGUGGCAUGCAGAAAUCCGCCGAUGUCUACAGCUACGGUGUCGUCGUGUAUGAGACGUUCGCCGGUUGUGAACCGUAUGAAUCCGUACUGAAAGCGCUCAGUGAGGAUCUCUACAAAUCCCCGCAAAUGCUACUGAAGCAAAUCAAAUCGGAGCAACUGCGCCCGGCGUACUAUAACGAACUGGCCAUGAAGUUCGAUGAAAUCGGAGCGCUGAUUUGGUCCACGUGGGAUACCACUCCCCACAAUCGACCGACGUUUUCCGAGAUUUUAAAGCAGCUGAAAAUGGCCAAUCCGAAGCAGAAAAGCAUCUUGGACACGAUGAUGGUGGCGGUAGAACGGUAUGCAUUUAAUUUAGAGGAAAAAGUCAUGGAGCGAACCCGAGAUCUGGAGAAGACGACCAAGAGUCUAGAAUCAUUGCUGAACAAUAUGCUUCCGGCUGCUUUGGCUGCGAAGCUAGCCAGUGGCGAAUUAGUGGAGCCUGAAUACUUCGAGAGUGCCACGGUUUUCUUCUCAGAUAUUGUUGGCUUUACAACCUUUGCCUCUGCUCACACACCUUUUGAAGUUGUCAAACUUUUGAAUGACCUUUACUCCGCUUUCGAUGCCGUCAUAAUACAAAGUUCCGACGUGUACAAAGUGGAAACAAUUGGCGACGCUUAUAUGUGCGUCUCCGGAAUUCCAAACCGUAACGGGAAUAAACAUUCAGCGGAAAUUGCCAAUCUGGCAUUAAGCAUUCUUAGCACAGUGGUAACUGUCAAGAUUUCCGAUGUACUUUCGGAGCCGCUCAAAGUUCGGAUUGGAAUCAACAGCGGACCUGUGAUAGCGGGCAUAGUGGGUCUGAAAAUGCCUCGCUACUGCCUUUUUGGUGAUACUGUCAAUACCGCUUCCAGGAUGGAAAGUUCAUCUUUACCUUUACGAAUUCAGUUAUCCGAAGCCACGAAAGUUUUACUAGAAGAAUUCAAUAUUUAUCGGGUAGUUGAACGAGGAUUACGUGACGUCAAGGGAAAGGGCGCCAUGCUGACUUACUGGUUAAUAAGCAGUGAUGAGUUCAGUGGAGUGCUUCCUGAUUACGACGCUACAGAGGACGAGCAGCUAUUUUCUUUACUAGAUAUAGGUCAAGUAAAAUGAGAAUAUAGCUUUAUCUCCAGAUUAUGUUGUCUUUUUUUAUUUUAUCUAUCUGUCAGCUGGUCAAACUAAGUAA